UGCAAAUCCAUUCACAUUCUCGGACCCUAGAUUUUCUCCUCAUCAAUCUUUCUCUCUCCACUUCAAGCUAAGCAAAAAUGGCUAAUGCAGCAUCUGGGAUGGCGGUGCACGAUGAAUGUAAGUUGAAGUUUAUGGAGCUGAAGACAAAACGAACACACAGAUAUAUAGUUUACAAGAUAGAGGAGAAGCAAAAGCAAGUAAUUGUGGAGAAAGUAGGCGAUCCUUCACAAGGUUAUGAUGACUUCACCGCCAGUCUCCCUGAAAACGAGUGUCGCUAUGCUGUGUUUGAUUUUGAUUUCAUGACUCCUGAGAAUGUCCCAAAGAGCAGGAUCUUCUUCAUUGCUUGGUCACCUGAUACUUCAAGGGUUAGAAACAAGAUGAUCUACGCUAGUUCGAAGGACAGGUUUAAGAGAGAGCUAGAUGGAAUUCAAAUAGAAUUGCAAGCGACAGAUCCAACUGAGAUGGGACUUGAUGUUAUUACUAGCCGUGUCAGUUAAUGAGGCGGAAUGUCGAACUUUUGUCGAGGUCAGGUGUUAUUACCAGAGUUGUUAUCUUUAAAUUUGGCUACUUCAUUUUUUUACAAAGAUUCAUUGAUUCCUCUUUUUGUUGUUUUGGAAUGUGAAAAUGGUCUGGCUUAAUCCUUUUGCUUGUUUUAACUACUGGUUUUGCUCAUGAAAAGAAAUGUAGAAGGAAGUGCAAUUUGUUAUUA